AGAAUAUUAUAUUUGGGUACCAAAAACGCCUAAGAAUUUGAAGGAUUUUUGAUAACGAGAUUUGGUGGCAUUUCUGAAGUUGGAAGUGCUAACACUAUGAAAACCACCAGUAGGGAAACUGCUUUAAAAGCUUUUACAUCUUGCGGAAGGAGAACUAGGACCAAGAAGAGUCCAUUCUCUCAAUCCAACAGACCUUUGAUUGACAAGGAUAUCUCCUCGAAGUGCACUGCAGGCAAAUAUGACUUGAUUGAUUUAGAAUGGACAGAUAAAAUCUCAGAAUGUCCUGUCUACCGCCCAUCUUUUGAGGAGUUUGAGGAUCCUUUGAAUUAUCUGCAGAAAAUUGCUGCAGAGGCAUCUCAGUAUGGAAUUUGCAAGAUUGUGUCUCCUAUAAAGCCUUCUGUCCCAGCUGCUGAGGUACUAAAGGACUUCAAAUUUUCAACUUAUGUGCAACCACUUCGGCUUACUGAAUGGGAUAUGGAUGACAAGGUCACUUUCUCAAUGGGAGAGAGAGAAUAUACCUUCAAUACUUUUAAGAGUAUGGCAGAUGAAAAUUUUGUUUGUAGAUUCUCCUGUUCCGAAUAUCUUUCUCCUGAACAAUUGGAGAAGAAUUUUUGGCUCGAAAUGUCCAGUGGAAAGGAAGAAACUGUAGAGUAUGCAAUCAAUGUUGAUGGUAGUGCCUUUUCUAGUGAUCCUGAUGAUCAGCUAGGAGCAAGCAAAUGGAAUUUAAAGACUCUGCCAAAGCUGCCAAAUUCCAUAUUGCGUUUGGUUGAACAUGAAAUUCCAGGAGUAACGAAUCCUAUGCUUUAUAUUGGAAUGCUAUUUAGUAUGUUUGCAUGGCACGUGGAAGAUCACUAUUUAUUCAGCAUUAAUUAUCAUCACACUGGUGCUCCAAAGACUUGGUAUGGCGUACCCGGUCAUGCAGCUCUACAGUUUGAAAAAGUAGUCCUGGAUCUUGUGUAUGCUCAUGAUAUUUUAUCAAUCGGUGAUGAGGAUGGAGUUUUCAAAGAAAUUGCGGGGAAAACAACAAUGUUUCCACCAAGUACCUUGCUACAGCACAGUGUUCCAGUUUACAAGGCUGUGCAGAUGCCAGGGGAGUUUGUUGUCACCUUUCCUAGAGCAUACCAUGCUGGAUUUAGUAAUGGUUUCAAUUGUGGUGAGGCAGUGAACUUUGCUCUUGGUGAUUGGUUUCCGUUCGGGGAACUGGCUAGUAAGCGAUAUGCUCGUAUUGGCAUGAUGGCAAUCCUUCCAUGUGAGGAAAUUCUAUGUAAGGAAGCAGUUCAUCUCUUGAAACAUGAAGAUUUGAAUAGGUCAUCAGCGGGAGUGGCCACUCAUAAUUCUGUAGAGGUGUCCUUCGUAAGACACAUGCGGUUAUUCAGUAGUGCUCUGUGGAAGCUAAAGAAUAGAGUGGAAAACUUAAAAGAAUCAUCAAUAUUAUUACCGAAUUCUCAUGGAACUAUUAUCUGUGGCACCUGUAAACGGGACUGUUACUUGGCUUUCCUGGAAUGCAAUCAGUGCUUUCAUCUUCUCUGCCAUUUUCACGAUAUUAACUCUCUUGACUGUCCAUGUGGAGGCAAACGUAAUCUCUUUAUAAGGGAGAACAUAAGGGAUAUGGAAGAAUUGGCCCAGAAAUUGGAGGAAGAAGGGAUAAUGCGGAAGAUUCAUAAAGAGACAAAUUGUGGCAACAAUGUUAGCCUGCAGCCAAAUGCAAUAAUCUUUUGCAUUAAAAGUGAAUUAAUUCCGCAUAGCAAGAACGAAGACCUGCAGCGGCAAGAAAGUGGUGCUAGAAGAACUGGUGAAUCCAUCAUGGAAAUGACAACCAUUAAAGCCAGGGGAAAAGAUGAUGAUUGUGAUUCUGAUAUGGUAAAGCCCAAUAAGAGAGGAUGCCUUGACUUGACAGGAUUAUUGCCCUUCUUCGGUGCUUGCAAGAGGGCAAGAAGAAGCUGCAAAUUGCAGAAGACUCGAACAAAAUUCAAUGAGCCUGCCUCUGAAGUGCCUUCAAGUGCUUAAUAUAGUAUAGAUUUGUUUAGGUUAUUCUAACAACAAAGAAAGCUAUAAUUAACUCUGAUUUAUUGCCAUUAACGUACAGGCAGUUAGGAGUAUAUUCUAAGAUUAAUUAUACAAAAUUUUUGCAAUAUUUGUCAAUUUUUACAUUGUAAAAUUAUACUUAAUA